AUGAAGUUGACAUCUGCUAUUACUAUUCUGGGUCUGAGUUUACUAGGAAACACGGCGACCGUUCCGCUGGGACAAAAGAGAUCUGGUGUAGCCGGUACCACUGCGAUCUCCAGUGCUGCAGUCUCUAGUUCUCCAGUCCCUCGUUCUCCAGUCCCUAGUUCUCCAGUCCCUAGUUCUGCGGUCCCCAGCAGAACGGUGUCCAGAGCUGUGGUUCCUACUGCCACCGCUUCUGGAUUCCGAAGUGUAGCUUAUUAUGCGGAUUGGGAUAUCUACAACACUUCCUAUUUCGUCACUAAUAUAACCGCCUCGACGCUUACUCAUCUUGUCUAUUGCUUUGCCGAUCUUGAUGCAAAUACUGGAUCAGUUAGUGUCUCUGACGCCUGGGCUGAUUUGCAGUAUCCUUAUCCUGGUGAUAAUCAAAGUGAUACUAGCUCUGUUGCUGGCAAUGUGAAGCAACUGUAUCUUCUCAAGCAGCAAAACCGUAAUCUUAAGACAAUAUUCUCUAUCGGUGGAUAUAGCUGGGCUUCAAAGUUUGAAAACUUCACCUUGACUGCUCAAGGAAGACAAACUUUUGCACAGUCUGCUCUUCUAUUGAUUCAGAAUCUUGGUUUUGAUGGUAUUGAUAUUGACUGGGAGUACCCCUCCGAUCCAGAACAUGCCCAGGCUAUGGUCUUGCUUCUUGAAGAACUCAGGACCACCCUGGACACCUACUCAGCUCAGUAUGCGCAUGGUACACAUCUUUUAUUAAGUGUUGCAGCCCCUGCUGGCCCCGCCAACUACGAGGCCUUGAAUAUUACAGGAAUGGACCAAUAUCUUGACAUGUGGAACAUCAUGGCGUAUGAUUACGCUGGCUCUUGGUCUAACUACACUGGCGAUCAUGCCAACGUGUAUCCGUCGCAGAGCAACAAUAACAGUACUCCAGGCCACACUGACGGUGCUAUCUCAUAUUACCUUAGUCAGGGUGUUGCUGCCAAGAAGAUAAACUUCGGUAUGCCUCUGUAUGGGCGAUCCUUUACGAACACAAGUGGACUCGGUCUGCCAUUUGGUGGUGUCGGUUCAAACGGGCAAGGGAUCAACUACAAUGUCCUGGGCGGGCCGAACGCAAACAUCACCGAGAUGGCCGAUGUGAUUGCCAGCUACAGCUACGAUUCCACCAAUGGCGGUACUUUGACCAGUUUCGACACUCCUAACAUUGCCUUACUGAAAGCCCAGUACAUGCUUGAAAAAGGUAUAGGAGGUGCCAUGUACUGGGAACUUAGCGGCGACAAGACCGGGCCUGAGAGCAUCAUUGCCACCGUUGCCAACAGUGUCGGCAAUCUUGAUCAGACUCUUAAUCUGUUGAGCUAUCCCCAAUCUAACUACACUAAUAUCAAGAACAAGAUGAACUAAUUUCCCUUGCUUCAACUGGUUAGGAGUGGAUUUUUUUCAUGAGAGGAGAGACUGUGUGGUUGCAAAAGUGAAACGAACUUAUCCCGGGCCUCAUGGGCGAAUUCUAGAUAAAACCAGCACGUAUUGUCUAG